GCUUUUUUUGUUCCUCCACCAGCAUAUGGUGUCCUGACAGCUAGUGAAGUCAAUCCUGCAGUGUGGCAAGCAGAAAGCCAUCAUCUUGUGUCUGUCUUCAAAAAUACCACGCGUCAGGAUAAAGUGACAAAAAUGACAGAGUUCUGGCUGAUUUCUGCUCCUGGGGAGAAAACCUGUCAACAGACAUGGGAGAAACUACAUGCUGCUACUACAAAAAAUAAUAAUCUGUCUACCAAUUCAAAGUUUAAUAUCCCUGACUUAAAGGUUGGCACACUGGAUGUGUUAGUCGGUUUGUCAGAUGAGCUGGCUAAAUUGGAUGCAUUUGUGGAGGGUGUAGUCAAGAAAGUGGCACAAUAUAUGGCUGAUGUUUUGGAAGACAGUAAAGAUAAAGUUCAGGAAAAUCUCUUGGCUAAUGGAGUUGACUUGGUCACCUAUAUAACAAGGUUCCAGUGGGAUAUGGCCAAGUAUCCAAUCAAACAGUCCCUGAAGAAUAUUUCAGAAAUUAUAGCAAAGGGAGUAACCCAAAUUGACAAUGACCUGAAAGCAAGAGCUUCAGCGUACAAUAAUCUGAAAGGCAACCUUCAGAACUUGGAAAGAAAGAAUGCAGGAAGCUUACUAACUAGAAGUCUAGCUGACAUUGUGAAGAAAGAGGACUUCGUACUUGAUUCAGAAUACUUGAUCACAUUGUUAGUGGUUGUACCCAAGUUAAAUUACAGUGACUGGGUUAAGCAAUAUGAAACACUAACGGACAUGAUAGUCCCAAGAUCCAGCAAUGUUUUGUUUGAGGACCAAGAUAGCUACCUCUGCAGUGUCACCUUGUUCAAGAAGGCAAUGGAUGAAUUUAAACACAAAGCAAGGGAAAGCAAGUUUAUGGUUCGUGAUUUCCAGUAUAAUGAAGAAGAGAUGAAAGCAGACAAAGAAGAAAUGAACAGGCUGUCUACUGACAAGAAAAAACAGUUUGGGCCUCUAGUUCGGUGGCUAAAAGUGAAUUUCAGUGAAGCCUUUAUUGCAUGGAUUCAUGUGAAAGCAUUAAGAGUUUUUGUUGAAUCUGUUUUAAGGUAUGGUUUACCAGUUAACUUCCAGGCAAUGCUCCUUCAACCCAAUAAGAAAACGAUGAAGAAACUGAGAGAGGUGUUGUAUGACUUGUAUAAACACCUUGAUAGCAGUGCAGCAGCAAUCAUUGAUGCAACUAUGGAUAUUCCAGGCUUAAACCUCAGUCAACAGGAAUACUACCCAUACGUGUACUACAAGAUUGAUUGCAAUUUGUUGGAAUUCAAGUAAACGGUUCCAUACCCUGACAAUUCUGUCCAUAGUGUUGGUGUAAACAGAAGUGAGAUAGAAGUAUCCUUGUACUUCAAACUCUCUUAAUCCUAUGCUUGCUUCAUUUUCCCUUGACAGAUGAAUAUUUCCUAUAGUGGUCCAUCUCUUGACAUUUUCUUUUAAAGAAAAGUAUAGGUAUUGCUUUUAAUUGAUCAGGGCUGUAAAUGUAUAUUGAGAGAAUCAGAGUAUUUAUAUAAACAGAGGCAUUUAUUUAAAGAAAAGGGUCAUUCCUCUUUCGUAUGGUGAUCUGUAUUAAUUCCAUUUACCAUUGUUCAUAAAAAGCCUUGUUUACAGAGAAAGAUAGUGUAAACAUUUAUGCCAUUUUGUUCACUUGAUUUAGUAGAUACAAAGGUGUAAACAUUGUUGAAUUGUGAUGUAAAGUAUGUGAGAUUGAUAUGAUCUGUGCUUUCUGAAUGUUUUAAAUUACAAUCCAUAAGCACUGUCAACAUCCACAGGAAAAAUAAAAUACCUGUGCAAAUGUA